CUGCCCACUGUAACGGUGCGUGUAGUCGCGGUCGCUGCAGUCGUCUGCUACGGAUAUCAGCUGCCUGGUCCCGUAGUCGGUAUUUUUAAAGUGAUAAUAACAUUAAUAUAAUAUACAGCCCGGGGCGAACGACUCAUACGACGUCAGUGCUACGCCCACGCAGAUUACAAUAUUAUUAUUAUUAUAACACCGUCCACGAAUAUUAUAAUAUUAAUUUCAUCGGUAAAAUACUUAAUCUCGCAUCGACAUCGUACAUCCCGUAGUCCAAACGGCGGCGACGAUGGCCGUACUCGGCGUUUACCUGGCCAAGCUGAUGAUUUUCGUCGGCUGCGCGCAGUGCGUCCUGUUCUCCGACGGCGGCCCGAACGGUGGCGGUGGCGGCCGCGUUGGAGGCAGUGUCGGCGACGCCGGUGGAGGCAGCGAAGACGUCCUCGACGACGACCACCUGCACACCCUGACGGUCAGCACGGCGGUCAAGAGCUGCUUGGCUGGAGCCGACCCGUUCCUGCCGUGUAUCAACGAGCAGGCCAUGGCCGCCAUCGAACAGACGGAAUCCAUGGACUCGGUGCUUUUGGACUCGGGACUGGAGAUUUCCAGACGUCCUGGCACAGAGUCGUUCGCCGCUCCCCGAGGAGUCUAUUCCUUAGGCGAUAACCCGUACAACGUCGGCGCGGUAAUUGAAGCUGCGUCCUCGUUGCUUUCCAGGCGAACGUUUUGUUGGGACAUGAGUCUUUUGUAUCCCGGGCUGCAGAUGCGAAUCGGCCCCACGUACACCGGCAGAGGAAUAAUCGAUUUUAUCGUGGACCCCCGACGUAAAUUUGACGACCGGAGCUUGGGUUAUGGACACAUGAUAUUCAAAAGGUCAUUGUUACCAAACGUGUUGGCUACGCAAAUAAGUAUCGCUUCCGUUAUUCCGAUCAUAUUCGCGGCGAUAUAUUUUCUGACAAAAAAAGCGUUCAUAUUGUCAAAGAUUGCGUUGGUCGUCACCAGUGUGGUGGGCUACGGAUCGUUGUUUCUACACCACAGCAGCAAGCCUUUCGCCGGCCACUCGUUCGGUGGCUUUCAACCGUUCGACGGCCAAAAUCAGUUCGGCGGCUCAUAUCAUAGUCCGGUUGGCGGUCAUCAUCAUCCAUAUCAUCAUCCGAUCAGUGGCCAUCACAACGCGUUCGUCGGCGACAUCAGGGGUGACAAGUUUUACGGGAACUUAGACGCCUUUCAACAGAUUUCCUCGUCCAAACCAUCGUCGCUGUUCCGGGGAGUCAAUUACUUCCCUCAAGAUGACGAUCAUAUUACAAAGCACACGGAAGCGGCAGAUAGGAACAAAAAAGAAACGCAAUAAAAGUAAGCGCUAUUGUGUUGACAUUAUGUUAUUAUGCCUAAUAUAUUAUGCUAAAGACACAAAACAAUAUGUUCGCUAUUAAAUGCAUAUAAAAUCACGGUUAAACACUUAAGCACAAUUUGGCCUAAGUCAUUUUGGUGAAUAUUGUAUAUUAUAUUAUAUUUUUGAUUGUAACACUAUUAUAAUAGAGAAUAAUUUUAUAUAACAUUGAAUUUCCUAAAAAUAUUACAGUAUAAUAUUACUGUUAUGUAUGCUAAACUUUGUAUGUAAACUUUCAG